UGAAAUGAAGAUGGUUAAGUAAAUAAUUAAGUUGAUUGAAUAAUAGUUUGUAAGAAAUACACAAGUGGAGGAUUGUUAUUGGGUUGAGUAAAUUACACAAGUGUCUAAGAAAUAAAAUACGUAAACAAAAUGUAAUCAAACGCGAAUGAUGCUUCGUAAAACGGAGUGAAGGCUCCUCUGAGAGCGUUAAAGUGUUGGUUAAUUUUUUUAUUACACUAUCAAGAUGAUAUUCGUUCGAUUGGUGCUAAUUACAACGUUACUAUUACUAAUUCUUGGGAAUUCAAAGAGCCAGCGGCCAGAUGAACUUGUUUCUUUAAUCAAAGAUCGUCAACUUAUUAAUAAAGAUGGAGUCACAUCUGAUUAUCGUCAAAGUAGGAUGGCUUUACAGGCAGAGUCACCAUCUUCAAAGGCAAAAAGAGAACAAAUUUUUCGAAAUCGUUUGGCAUUACGUCGACGACAAUCGUUAAGCUCAUCACGUUUCAAUGUAUCUAAAAGUAUUAUUAAUAAUUCUAUUAUCGGAUCUCGAGUACUUGUAAAUAUUUCUAAAGAUCCUCUAGAUCUAUUAGAAGUUCAAGAAACUCGUCACAGCAUUUAUGUAACAGCUUCCUCCGGUAAUCGAACUCGUGUAAAUGUUGAUAAUGAUGAAGAUCUACAAGAUCAAUCAACAUCUAAGAUAAACAUUGAAGAAGACAAUCAAGAGUCAUCAGUGUCAAAUAUUGAUCAAAAUAAUACAACAAUAAGAUUUCGAAAAGAUGCAAUAAUAAAAAAAUCUACUCAACUUUUUCCAAGAAUUCAAAAACAUUCAGAUGAUUCUACGAGAAGAAAAAAUACUGUUGCAAUGCCAGAAUCACUUUAUAACCAUUUUAGACCAGUUGAAAGUAACAUUCCUAUUGAAGAUAUGACACAGUUUCGAUAUUUUGGUCAAAAAAUUCGACUAGAAAAUACUACAAGCAAUAAUUCAGUUGAAAUAACUUCAACAUCGCCAGUAUCUAUUAAUUUACGCCGUAGAUUUCUUAUAAAAAGCCUAAAUAAUAUCAGCCUAUCAACACCAAUUUCUAAAUUGGAAGAAGUAACAAAUGAGGAAAUGAAUAUUGCUCUAGAUAAAUCAACAAUUGACAAAAAUAAAAUUUCAAAGGUAAAAAACGCCUUCAGAACUACUAGUUUGUAUUUAAGAAAAAAUUCAUCAAAUAAAUUGUCAGAAUUAGUUAUUGGAUCUAAUGUCAUUGAAACAAAUAAAAGUGUUCAUGAUCAAAUAGAUAAUGUAAAAAGUAAUAUAGCUCAACAGGUAAAUGUAUCAACCAACGUUUCACAAGAAAAAUAUCCAAAUACAAAUAAUGAUAUGCUAAAGAGUGAAACUACUAAUUCUAAUGAUGUAACGACAUCAUUUCCGUAUAGUGAAGAAUACCAAAGUGACGAAUCAAUUAUGAAAUCGGAUAAGUUAAAAAUUUUUUUACAAAAUGAAAAAAUUGAAUCUAUUCCACAUAGAGAUCGAGUUGUCGAUUAUGAAACUAAAACUACAACAAAAACAACGAUUUUUAAAGAGAAAAUGCAAAUAGAUAAAUUUCCCGAGUAUUCUUCAGAAAUUCAUGAUUUAUUAAACAAGUCAAUGUUAACCGUAACAAGUUCACUUAUUAAAGAUAAAUUAUCUCUUGAACCGGAAAGAAUAUCUACUUGGUUAUCAAUUAAUUCUGAUCCAGUGACAUUGUCAUUACGAGAAUUUGUUACAUUACGCUCAGUCAAUAAACAAACUACACCCACUAUUCCGUUGCUUCAUCGACAACCGUCAUCUUUAAGGAUCAUAGUAACAGAGCCAACGAUAGAGACUUCACAAGACCAGAAUUACCGGAAUACCGUUAAUACAGGUAAUUUUUCCGUUCAAAAGGAAUUUUCAACGACUAUCAGUAGCAUUUCUACUUCUGACAUAAUAACAUCAGAGUCUUCAGUACCAACAAGUGUAGCUAUUUCAAAUAACCAAGUAACAUCUGUUGCUUUAACACAACAAAUGUACCCGUAUGCAUAUACUAUUACUAAUGUCACAAGAUUACUUGGUAAUUAUUCUGAGCCUAAGAUAAUUGAAAAAUUAUCUACAAUAUCAAAGUUGACAACAUCAACGACGGUAGUCAGAACAGAUGAAAAAGUGACUUUAUUUCCUCCUCUCUCUACUAUGGUUAAUACUCGCGAGUCGACGCGCACGCCCAGCCUAGUCAGUGUUGUUCCAACUGCCGCUGUAUCCAGUACCUCCUCGUCGAGCUUGUUGGUGGGAGAACGCGGCAGAAUAGGUACAACUUUCCCGCAACACGUCGCCACAGUUCAACCCAACACUUCAAACCCACUUGUGAGUACAACAAAAAUUCUUAAUAAAACUCAAAUAAGUGAUCAAUUAGUCUCAACAAUAAAAUGGAACCAUACUUUAACAGAAGAAAUAACUCAAGGAGAAAUUAUUAGUGAAAAAAAAUACUUGAAAAAAUCAGCAAGUGCAGUGUUAAAUCAACGAGUCAGCGACAAUUUAAAUAAAGAUUUUAUAUCACAACUUUUUGAUUUGCAAAAAUUUCAUGAUUCUCCUCAUGCUGAAGAGAAAAAUAAUUCGUUAUCUAAUGAGACGAAAAGAUACAAAAUAAUUGACUUUUUACCCUUCAAUAACAUCAAUAAUAGCGGUAAUAAUAUCAAUAAUAAAACUAUUGAUAAUAAUAAGAUGGAGAAAAUGGUAGAAAAUAAAACCAUUUCAUUAAUCGAAAUAAUUACUAAAUCUCCAAAGAUACAAAUUCAUGAGCCAAAGGAUAAUGAGAAUGAUAGUAUUACAACAAUACGUGAUGAUCAAGUAAAUUUUAGCGCAAUAUCAAGAAACACAAGUGUCUCGAUACAUAAUCAAAUAACUAUGAAUGAUAGAUCCGGUAAUUUAAUGAUAACCUCGCCAUCGUCAGUAAUUGAAAAACCAACAAUUAGGCCAUUAACUUCAACAACGUCAAUAAUAAAAACAACAACAGCAACAACUAGUAAGUCAAUUCCGAUUUUUCCCGUAACUCCGUCAGUGUUAAAUAAUUCACAGAAAACUGAAAAAGAGGAAGAAACAAUGGAUUUAAGUAUUGAAGGCGAAAAGAUACUUGAUAGGCCAUUUGGAAUUGCCAAAGAUCUUGAUCCAUCAGAAAUUCAGAAAAUGUAUCGAUCACAAACAACCUUGAAAACGGAACCAACAAUGACGACACUUCCGACGACAAUACUGAACCCAAUGACCUCUCAACCGAAAAUGGAUAUAACCACGAAGAAGAGUAAUGAAAGGUCACCUGAAGUGAGAGGACGAAACUUAUCAGAUAAAACCAAGGAUAAAGACGAUAUACUUCCUAUAAUGCAUCUUUACAAUACUUCCAACAUUUUUAAUGGUACAGAAAGUAAUUUAACAAAUGGUGCAAAUAUAGUUAAAACAAUUUUAACAAGUCCUAAAACGAAAAUUAUUGAAAUGACAAUGAAUCCAAAUGAAAAAAUAAUCACAAAAAAUACGAGUCAAGUGAUACAUUUAGAGGAACGAGAUCAAGACUUUGAAUCAAAGAAUGGCAAGACUGGAAACAUAACAAAGAAUAAUAAAAAUCAACAAGAAGUGAAUCAGGAAGUUAUUCAAAAUUCUACCAAUUGGUCAAUUGGAGUUAAUACUUUUGGAAAUAAAACAAAAAAUAGGCCUAAUUAUUACAUCGGUUCGUCAGAAUCCAAUAGGUAUAAUCCAGAUUUAAAUUCAUCUUUUUAUGUGCCUAAGAUGACUUCAGAAAAUCCAAGGGAUCUAAUAAAUAUUAGUGAAGUUAUUACUAGACGCCAUGAUGGUGAUACUUUAGCUACUCAAGAAACUGUAACUGUUGUUAGUUAUAUUUUAGCAACUUUAGUGGUCUUUCCAAUAGCUGUUGGAGUUGGACUUAUUCUUAGAAGACUGAUUAUCAAAAAUCGAAAGGUGCUAGAGGAGUCUGACACAUCAUCAGAGAUAAGCUGCAGGAAGGAUGCGCUGAAUCUUGAGAAUGGGGAUUUCAAGACCUCGAUUGAGAAAACGAUAACAAAAUUACCGAGAAUACAGCAUCUUUGUCAUGAAUUAGAAAAACCGUCAUCUCCAUUACAACAGGAGUCACGAUGGGAGUUUCCUCGAGAAAAGUUGAGACUUCAAACUGUUUUAGGACAGGGAAAUUUCGGUCAAGUUUGGAAAGCCGAAGCGGAUGAUUUAACUGGUCAUAAAGGAACGACUAGACUUGUAGCUGUUAAGACUGUCAAGGAGGGUGCAUCAACUAGAGAAAAAGAAGAUUUAAUAAGAGAAUUAGAAAUAAUGCAGCAAUUGGGAAAUCAUCCAAAUGUUGUGACAUUGUUAGGUUGUUGCACCGGAGAAGAGCCUCACUACUUAAUACUCGAAUACGUCAUGUAUGGAAAACUUUUGGCAUAUUUGAGAGAUCAUCGAACAAGACAAGACUUUUAUAAUUUUAGUGAGGACUCAGCAGCAUUGACCUCAAGAGACCUCACAGUAUUUGGUUACUGUGUUGCUCGAGGAAUGGAAUAUCUUGCUUCAAAAAAGAUAAUUCAUAGAGAUCUUGCUGCAAGAAAUGUACUUGUUGAUCACAACAAAUUGUGUAAAAUAGCAGAUUUUGGAAUGUCUAGAUUUGCAAAUGAGGAUGGAGAGUGUAUUGAAACAAGACAUGGAAGAAAUGCUUUACCAAUUAGAUGGAUGGCACCCGAAUCAUUGAUUUAUUCAUUAUUUACUACAAAAACAGACGUUUGGAGUUUUGGGAUUUUAAUGUGGGAAAUUGUAACUCUUGGUUCAACGCCAUAUCCGGACAUGGCUGCUAGAGAGGUCAUGCGAAACGUACAAGACGGAUACCGACUAGAACGACCAUCACACUGUCGAAGUGAACUUUUUAGGGUAAUCGCUAGGUGUUGGCAUGCAGAUCCAGAUCGUCGACCAGAGUUUCAGAUGCUUAGAAGAGAUCUUGCUCAACUUCUUGAAGACAAUAUGAAUGGUCAUUAUGUUGAUCUUGAAAGCUUUGCUUCUGAGUGUACUGAUUAAUAUAUUUCUGAAUAUCGAAUAUCAAAAUAACAAUUGAAAUUAUCCGUAUGAAAAAAAGGCUCUAAAUAGUAUUGUUAUUGUAUUUAUAAAAAACUUUAAUUACAUAUUACAUUUGUAAAGUUUUUCUAAUUGUGAUUGAAUAUUUAUUAAAUACAAGAAAAUUCUGUAAAAUUUGAAAUAGUUUUCAUCGAAAAAUUCUUAACAAAAAAUGAUU